AAACAUCUUUUGUCAGAGGAAGUGAUGAUUUUCACCAGAUGAUGAUUUGGGCCAGUUACCUUAGUAACUAAACAGCAGCAAAAAACCAACCCCACUCACUCUCGUGUAGCAGCAGGGGACGACAUGGACGAACUCGAUUUGCUGUUGGAAGAGUUGGCCCUGAAUUCCGCGCGCUCCGAAAGCGCCGGAGGCAGCAAAGGUGCCGCGGCUGCAGAGGUGUCAUGCGCAGUUAAUAGUGGACUUACCAAAAAAGAGAAAGGCCCAGUCUGCUCCAACGUGUACAGUGAUCUGCCGGCUUCGGUAGCAGCUUCCCCGGCUCUUGACUCUCCAACUAAGGAGCUGGACGCUAUCUUGCAGGGUUUCCUGGACCUGGAAGAAGUGGACCCAGUGUCUUCAACAACCCCUCCGCCUCUCAGGCAAAAACAGUUUGUGAAAAGGAAAACAGAAGGUGGACAAGGGGAGAACCAGGAGAGCAGCAGCAGCACAGCAGCUUCAGAUGCAAACGAAUCGACCACGGGCAACAAAACUGAAACAAUCGAUGAGCUGCUGGGAGGGCUGAGCUCUGACUUGGAGAAGAUCGGCGUACGCACCACGGCCAAGGGCCAUUGUGCUUCCUGCAACAAAUGCAUCGCGGGAAAGAUGAUCACGGCGCUGGGUCAGGUGUGGCACCCCGAGCACUUUGUGUGCGAGGCGUGCAAGACGGAGCUGGGCACCACGGGCUUCUUUGAGAGGGACGGCCGGCCGUACUGUGACAAAGACUACCAUCGGAUCUUCUCUCCUCGUUGUGCCUACUGCAAGGGGCCCAUCGUGACGAACAUCCUGACAGCUCUGGACCAGACCUGGCACCCCGAGCACUUCUUCUGCACACACUGUGGAAGCCUGUUUGGACCCGACGGUUUCCUAGAGAAGGAUGGGAAGCCGUACUGUUGCAAGGACUUCUACCACCUCUUCUCUCCCAAGUGCUCGGGCUGUGGGGAGUCGGUGAGGGAGAACUACCUGACUGCGGCCAACGGCACCUGGCAUCCAGAGUGCUUCGUCUGCGCGGACUGCCUGAAGCCCUUCGCCGAUGGUUGUUUCAUGGACUUGGACGGUCGACCCCUCUGCUCACAGCACUUCCACUCUCGGCAGGGCACUCUGUGCGGCGGCUGCGGCGAGCCCAUCACGGGCCGCUGCAUCUCCGCCCUCGGUCGCAAGUUCCACCCCGAGCACUUUGUGUGCGCCUUCUGCCUGCGGCAGGUCAGCCAAGGCAUCUUCAAGGAACAGGAAGGGAAGCCGUACUGCUCGGCCUGCUUCGACAAACUCUUCGUGUGAGAUGCGCAGCGAACAACGCGGCGGAAACCAAGGAAAUGCAGCAUCGGGGUGAUCGAUGGGAUUAUAAUGAUGUGAUGCGUUUAAUGCCUCGAGCAGACGUUUCUUACAUCACAGCAAAAGAGUUUAAUUUUAUUCAACAUUUCUACGCAAAUAAACAUACUUGAUGUUUUUAUGAAUUGUAAUUGAAUAAAACGUCAAGAAAAAAAUGCUCACAUUGUAACAUAGUUAAUGACGUGUAAAGCACACAGAAAAUUCCCAUAUUCCUGGAUAAAAACACUGAAGGAUCAUUUGACAUGUAAGAACUCUGGAUUUUGCUGACACUUAGUCUAUAUUAUGUAGGAUUCCAUACAUCAUGAUCACAUAAAAUUCAUAAACGGAGAAAGAAAAACACAGAAGUGCAGUUUUAAUCUGUGGUUUCCAUUAUGCUACCCUCAGUUUGCUGUAAGACUUGGCAGUCUGGAGAUCCUCUGUGGCAGUCUGGAAGGGGGCUCGUCUACGGGUCCUGAUAGCUUGUAUUGGCAGGGACUGGCAUGGAAUCGGCGUGCCAACCCGAGUUUCCUCUUACUCCGACUUUACCGUUUGGCUCCUGGCGUGCACUAGAUUCAAACAACCUCUUCGGUCUCUACACAGGUUCCUUUAUGGACGACUAUAGAAGAUUAAUGAAGGCGGUGAUGUGAACAAAGGUGGUUUCAGGAGGACCUUCUUCACAUCACUGCAUCUCUUCAGCAACUCACUUUUACUGUUGAGGGAUAAAUCAGCCCCAAUGUGCUUUCGAGUAAAUUCAAGUAUUUUUGUUCACUCCCACUGGUAGUUUUAAUGAUUUGUUGAGAAAUUUGCAGCCCAGUCAGGAUGUAGCAGAAAAUGUUUUACAUAUUUCAAUUUGAGUAUUUCUUGUCAGUUCUGCAGAAUCGCAUCAUAAAAAAAAUAUAUUGAUGUUUUCAUUAACGCCCACAUUUCUAAAUAAAAUACGGUCUUGAUUUUGA